AUGGCUGUCGCCAACCAGUUGUAUCACAUGGCUCGGGCUCGCAAAUGGGAGCAGUGCUUAUCGACAUUGGGCACCAUGCGGGACAGGUGCACGUCUGUUGACAUCGUGGAUUUCAACAUCUGCAUCCAUGCCUGCCGGCAUCACUGGGAGCAUGCCCUUUCGUGCUUCAGGCAUGCUCGCCAACAGAGCUUGCAACCCACCGUCAGGACAUUCGGGUCCUUGUGUGCAGCAUUGGGCGUAGGACACAGGUGGGUCCAGGUUCUUGCAUUGUUGCAGCAUGUGCCGUGCACAUGGGACAACACCGACGUCUUGACCAACGUGGUGCUUGGGGUGUUCAAAAAAGCACAUCGAUGGGAUCUCGCUCUGGAGUUGUGUGCUGGAUGGAAAAUUGCAAAGACCGUCGACUCAGUUGGCAUGAUGGAGCUGGUAGGUGCAUGUUCCAAGAGUUUCAGAUGGCAAGAAGCCUUGGCGUUAGCAUGUCCAAACAAGGAGCCUAAAUUGCAAGUAUACAACUGGUUGUUAUACGGCUUCAGGGGUGGAGCUUGUUGGCAAGCAGGCAUAGCUCUGCUUGACCAUGCAGCUUCGCGACGUGUGGCGGCAAACGCAAUUUCUCAUCGGCAUCUGAUGUUUUUACUUGACGGUGCCCCGUGGCAACAGGCAGUUCAACUGUUGCAGGAUUCAUGUGGGUGGUCUCAGCGCUGGCGAGAGGUCGAUGCUGAAACAAUUGUGCUGGCCACUGCUGCUAUGGAAUGUCAGCAUCGCCCGGUGGAGAAUCUGCACAUCUUUGGUCAAAUUGUUUAUCACAAACUGCACAUGCAUGCAAGGAAUGGCAGUGCAGCCUUCACAAGCAAAGGUGCACACGACAUCACCAUUUUACAUGAUUCCUGGGUGAAGGCUGGAUGGACUUCUUUGCUGGAGCCUGCUUGGUGCCGCCAUUUUCUAAGCCCUGCCAGUGUUUCCUUACGAAUGAAAAGAUUUGUCCAGCCCAGCGCCAUGUGCCGCUUAUCCCACACAACUCUGGAGAAUGCGCAUGUCGUGCCCAGCUUCGUCGCGCGGCUAGUCACAGAAGUCAAUUCUCUCCGUGGUGCAUCGCGCUGGAGAACCACGUGGUGGAUGCAAGCACAGCUCGCUUUGCGUCCUCUGUUUGCGGAGUCGAGAGUUCUCCGAAGGGCUGAUGCUGGCACUGUGCGUGCAUGGAUCGGAUAUGUUUUGAUGCUGCCGGAGUCUGCCGUGUCCAUGCGCGAUGAACUGACAUUUGAGGCGAAGCCCUCUGGCACAUCCGCUUGA